AGGUACGGGGCGCUGGGCGGGCACCAGGCAUCCAGUGGGGUCGGAGGUCCCCGGGAUGCCCUGGGAGGGUCCAGGCACCCCGCCCACGCUUCCGUGGGCCGUGUCCCGCAGGGCACCCUGACGCUGCUCACCAACGAGAAGGGCGGCAUCACGGACGACCUCAUCGUCACAAACACGUCAGAAGAUCACCUCUACGUGGUGUCCAACGCCGCCUGUGCUGACAAGGACUUGGCCAUCUUAAGGGACAGAGCGGCGCAACUGCAGGCCACCGGCAGUGAUGUACACCUGGAGGUGUCAGACAACGCGCUGCUGGCUCUGCAAGGUCCCUCCAUGGCACGGGUUCUGCAGGCAGGGCUGUCCGAUGACCUGGCCAAGCUCUCCUUUAUGAAUAGCAUCACCACGACCGUCUUUGGCGUGCCAGGCUGCCGGGUCACACGCUGCGGUUACACCGGCGAGGAUGGCGUGGAGAUCUCGGUGCCCGCGGCGCGGGCGGUGGAGCUGGCUGAGAAGCUGCUGGGUGUCCCCGAUGUGUGGCUAGCAGGGCUGGCAGCCAGGGACAGCCUGCGCCUGGAGGCUGGGCUCUGCCUCUAUGGCAAUGACAUUGACGAGACUGUCACCCCUGCCGAGGCCGGGCUGAUGUGGACCUUGGGGAAGCGCCGACGUGUGGCCAUGGACUUCCCUGGUGCUGCUGUCAUCAUGGCACAAGUGAAAGACAAGCCGAGGCGCAGGCGAGUGGGGCUGACAUCAGUGGGACCUGCCAUCCGGCCCCACAUGGCCAUCCUGGGCCCCGAAGGCAGACCUGUGGGCACAGUGACCAGCGGAUGUCCCUCACCCUGCCUGGGAAAGAACAUCGCCAUGGGCUACGUGGAGGCAGCACACAGCCGGGCCGGCACCGAGCUCACCGUCGAGGUGCGGAAGAAGCAGCACCCUGCCGUCAUCACCAAGAUGCCCUUUGUGCCCACCCAGUACUACAUGGCCAAAUGAGGCCAGCACGCACCACGGGCACAGUGCCCUGGCCCCAAUAAACACCUUGUCCCUUUC